AUGCGGCCCCUGCUCUGCGUGCUGGCCGGGCUAGCCCUGCUCCGCGCCGCGGGCGCCUUCGCGGGGUUGCUGGACCAGCAUGUGCCUGACCUCUGGCCUCAACCCGGCAGCCCAUUCUCACAGCCCACGGAUGCUCCACCCAUGGCCCUUGUCCAGGCUGCACACCAGGCCCUGAGCAGGAGCCAGGCCAGAGAAAAUAUCCCAGCAUCCAAGUCCAUUCCCAACUGGCAGAGCCAGGAGGGUGGAGGGGAGGAAGGAAAGAAGGAAACAGUGGAGAAGACAGUGGAGCACCUGGAGGCAGAGUUGAAAGGCCUGCUGGGUCUACUGGAGGAGCUGGCCAGGAACCUGCCCCCGGGGCACUUCAGCCCAGCCUCUGACCUCCUCGGCGGUGAUGAUCCCUUCUGA